GUUAUUGUUGAAAAUUUUGAUCAAUCAUUAAACAUAUGGUUGAUGUCAUUUUUUGCUGCAAUCAUUUAUUUUGUUUGGAUACUUUAUUUUCGUAACAAUACUAAAUCAACUGAAUUGAUUCGUUUGAUUUUUAUUGAUCAGGAUUCAAAAUUUUUUCAUAAUAAUAUUAUUAUCCACAAUAAUGUUGAUGAUAUUGGUAACAGUGUUGAUGAUGAUUAUCAAUCAAAAAUUCCCGAAUAUAUUGUCUAUCUUUUAUAUAUAUUUGUUUAUGAAUUAAAAUCAUUAUAUCUUCUUUACAAAUUUGGCUAUUUUGAUACAAUCAAUGGUUUAAUUUUAAUCAUAUUUCAAUUUUUCCUUUGUAUUUGUAUGACAAUAAUUGCUAUGAAAAAUAUACAAAUCUGUCAAUUGUUUGGUACAUUUCAAAUUGUAAUUACAUUAUCAUUGUUUAAUAAAUUAAAACAAAUUGAACGUAUAGCCCGAAAUGAAAAAUUUUCAACAUUAAAAUUCCAUUCAAUCAGACAAAUUGAUAAACAAUUAUUACAAUUAAUCAAAAAUACUGAUCAAACAUAUGGUAUGAUGAUGUCCAUAUUUUUAUUGAUAAAUUAUCCAACCAAUGCAUAUCUGAUAAUGAUAUUUUUUAUAAAAAAAAUAUCCAUUAUGAAUAAAAUAAUAUUCAUAACGAUUAUUAUAUAUCAAUUUUCAUUUAUAUUUUUAUUUCAUUUGAUUGCAACACGUUAUGCAUAUCAUAUUCAUCGACCAGUUAAAUAUAUUAUUAUUGAUUAUUUUUCACAAUCACCGAUUUCGUUAUUAUUGAAUAAUCGACUGAAAAUAUCAUUAUGGAUUGAAAAAUUUCAUACAAAAAAAUUCUAUGGUAUUACAUAUGGUGGUAUUGAAGUGAUAACAUUGAAAACAUUUUUCAAGUUUCUCUUCUUUUAUGUCAAAUUUAUGAUGAUUUCAUAUAAAUUGAUUACUUAAUAAUAAAAAACUUUAUUAACGCACACUGCAAAAUGCAUUUGUUCAUAAAUUGAUUACUUCGAAUCAAUAACAAAUAUCGAUGAUAAUCAACAUGAUCAUUAGACGAUGAUGACGAUUCUUCACAUUCUUGGAUUCAGGGCAACAACAUA